GAAUUGUUUGAAUUUCAUCGUCUACUUCAACUUCAUCGAUACACUAUUGCACCCCAUGGAUCGGAUGCAUUACACCCGCUUCUGAACGCCUUGGGUCCUGCUCCUAAGGCUUACCAAGACCCACAGAUUGACACGGCAGCUGAUCAGACCGAUCAAAAUGUGCUCACGACGAACGACGACAAAUCCCUUGUAACCGGUCAUAACCGAACUAGUUUCAUCGCACACAAUGAAACGGUUCAAUCGAUCGAGAAGGGAAAAUCGCGUUCGUCCACCGAACACUCGCUCAUUUACUCGGUUCGUGGUUCACAGUCACUGGCGGAGAUAAACUCUCAUGAUUUCUCGAGCACGCAAUCAUGGAAAAAUGAGGUACCAAAAUUGUUCGGUCGCACAAUUCACUGUAUCUAUCGUUUUAACUGGCCACUACCGUUCGAUUCGACCACAAUGGAAUAUGUCAUUUCUGGUUCAAAAGAGCUCACCCUACCCCUUAUGCCAAGUCAUCCGUCCGUGGUAGCACAGGCUCGACUGUACGCGGCAUUGGCCCCGAGACUCGGAGCAUCGGACUGUAUGAUUUUGCCUAUGCGUCCAUGCCACCAACCGGUACUCAAAGAUGAAGCGAAAACCGCUUGCCAUUUUUGUACAUUCACAAAUUCGACAGAUCUGUACAAUUUGACGGCCAGUUUAAGUUUUGAUCCAUUUUUCCGGGACAUUCGGGCUCCCGGUCAACCGACUGGAGAUACGGUUAGCCCGACUGUUCCCGCUAGUGGUAAAUUGCAGCGAUCUGCCUCGACUAUGUGCUGUUGGCAGGAUGAGCAAUCGGAUCAUGCCAGCUUCUGGGUGGUUGACUAG